AUGGGACGCACAGGCAGAGGCCCCUUCCCCCUCCCGUCGGCAGGCGACACCGACUCUCGCACACCUUACCAGUCCACAUACAACCUCCUCAUGACCAUGAGCGUAAAGUCGCCCAAAGGCCGCUGUGCCCAGUGCGUCGUUCGCGGUAGACCAUGCUACACCCUUCCCGCAGACGUGGACGGGCCUCGCACCUGUACCGAGUGCUUCAGACACGGCCGUGACUGCUGCUUUGACGAGGAGACUGCAGCGACCGACGAGCAGACCACGGUCGACCAGGAGGUGGCAGUUGAGGAAGGUUCUCCCUCGCCGGCUGAAAGCUCCGUGGCAUCAUCGCCUGAACCUGAGCCCCAGCCUCAGCCCCGGCAGCUCCCAUGGCUCGCCACCCCACCUACCCACAUUGUAAACGCCCACGACUUUCGUCACCUCAACACCUACUACCCCGUCCACGUUCAGCCCGCUUCCACCCUGAACGACGACCUGCAGCGCGCUGCCUUGCAGUCUGCUGCGUUGGAGACGGCGCAGCGACAGGCGGCCGCGCAACAAGCGCUGGCCAGUGGCAUUCCGCCGCCGGUGCCGACUGUGUCCCCUCGCCGCCGCCGCCGCGGGGCGGAGAGUGAGCCGGAACCCCAAAGGAGAAUGUACCACCCACUGUUCGUACCUGGACUUCACGCGCCGUCGCCAAUCCCACCCACCGCGGCGACCGUCCCCGCUCUCCCCGGCCACGGCCAGUCGGCUGGCGGGUAUGAAGGACCCCAGCGGUGGCGAGCUCACAUCGCCGGCGCUCCUCAUCCGACGACGUCUGCCGUGGCCGCCAACGCCGCGCCGCAGAUGUACACCCCGCAAAUGUACUACUACGUCGUAGCCAACACUGCUCCCUAUGACCCGGCCGAGCAGCACCGUACGCACCGCCGUCGCCACGACACCGGGGUAACCGUGGGUACGCCGGGCGACAGUGGCGAAGUUCCCAGCGGGGCUCCCAGCGCCUCACAGCAGACAAGGAAUGUCGACCUGUCGCGCUUCGGCAACCACGACUUUGGCAACGCCGAUGACUUCCAGCGUGGGGUGUUCAGGUUUGCUGCUCCCCGCUCGAGCUCGUCUGUGCAACCUUCUGCCAUGUCGCCUUGGCAGCCUUCCGUGGCCUCGUCUUUGCGACCUUCCUCUUCCUCGAGCUCUUCGGCUUUGUCAACGUCCAGCUCGAGCAUGGUCACUCCGCCCGACUGGAACAUGGACGACCUCCCGCCCGCGGCGACGACGCGUGUGUGGUACACGAGCACGUACCGACCCAGCGACCGCAGCGACGGUUCUGGCUCGCCCACGCCCGAUGAGGAAACUUGA